GACAACUCAUCUGUCACGUCACGGUCAGAGUUCGUUGACUUUUCGGUCAAUACAGUUUGUGAAUUGAAUAGUUGUUGAUAUUCUGAAGAAAACUCUAGUUUCGUAUUAAAAUUCGCUUAAGUUCGCUAAUUGUUUAUAAGCGAUUCAUAUUCAAUAGUUUCCAGCUAGUCAACAUGAGUAAACCGUGUAAAGGAGUUUUAUUUUGUUUAGUGACGGCGUGGGCUUUAUCUGCUGUUAUCGGACAUUCGCAUUCACAUUCACACGAAGACGAAUCCGCAGCGUACAAAUACAGUAAAAAUGCAAAUGAAAAUUUGAAACAGGAGCGAGAAGAACCAUAUGCAUCUAAUUAUGAUUUGUAUGUGAAGGCUUUAGGUUCAACCAUCUUUAUAAGUAUCGUGCCGUUUCUCAUAUUAUUUUACAUACCUAUAGAUGGUACCGUGGAAAAACAACCACUUUUAAAAGUUUUGUUAUCUUUUGCUUCUGGUGGUCUUCUCGGCGAUGCUUUCUUACACUUGAUACCUCACGCUCUAAUGUCUCAAAAUAUUGGAGCAGGACACAGUCAUAGCCAUAGUCAUUCCCACACUGAAAAAGAUCAUGAACCCCAUGACAUGACAGUCGGACUUGGUGUCCUAGGAGGCAUUAUAACUUUUCUAGCUGUGGAGAAAACUGUGCGACUAUUUAACGUGGGACACGGCCAUACACAUGGCAAUGACAAGAAAAAGUCAGAUGAUAAGUCCAAGAAAUCCAACAAAAAUAAAAAGGAUGAAAUAAAAGUUGCCGGAUAUUUAAAUCUUGCAGCUGAUUUUACACAUAAUUUCACUGAUGGAUUAGCAAUUGGAGCUUCAUACAUUGCAGGGCAGAGCAUAGGACUGGUCACUACUGUCACCAUUUUACUGCAUGAAAUUCCACAUGAAAUUGGAGAUUUUGCUAUACUUGUACAGUCUGGCUGUUCACGAAGAAAAGCUAUGAUGUUGCAAUUGUUGACAGCUUUUGGUGCCAUAUCAGGCACUGUCAUUUCCAUAUAUCUUCAGGGCUCUGGAGAUGGUGUUGUUUCCUCCCUCAUCUUACCAUUCACAGCUGGAGGUUUUAUAUACAUUGCCACUGUGUCUGUGAUUCCAGAACUAUUGGAAGGAUCAAAUAAACUUUCACAGUCAAUCAAAGAGAUUCUUGCCCUCCUUGCCGGUGUUUAUAUGAUGGUGAUCAUUGCACAAUAUGAAUAGGAUUAUUUGUGUAAAAACUGUAUACUAUUUUUUUUUUUAGUAAAAUGAUAAAACAUCACAAUCA